GGAUGGGAUUGUAGCCUGGUCUUAUUUGUGGGGUCAGCGCUGCUGGGGCAGGGCACCAGUGACUCGAAUGCGCUGUCUAACACAGCUCUGCUGUUAAAGUAUGUGGGGUCAUAGAGGGCAUUUUAACCACAUGGCAAUGAACUCAGCAGUCUCUGAAGUUAUUUUCCCUGUGUGGGGUUGCUGGGAUGUCUCGUUUUAGGGUUAUACCCUUCCCCCAACCAGGGCAGUACUGCAGUUAUGGCCUAUGAGGACAUAACUACUUGCUCUGCAGCAGGGUGGCUAUAUUUCCAGAGCUCCUAGUGUUGAGCCCCAGCUCAAGUCUGGGAUCGUGCCCGGUAUGCAAAGGCCAAUAAAGAUACCAGGGGUGAAUGUACAAAGAAGGUUUAUUGCUAGCAAUAAAAGGUGCGAGCGGAAUAAUUUCACAUAACAAGCACACAGAUCACUAUUUCUGAGCAUCUUUUAUACAGGAGUCUUGAACCGUCAUAAGCAUCCUUGUUUGCUAAUUGGUUAUAAAGGAGUGACGCAAGGAGUUCUUUACUGAGCAUGUCUCUAUACCUGUGUUUUAGCCAUGUAUCUCAUUUACAUACAUGUAUGUCUAAUUAGCAUACUUUUUCCCCACCUAGGGGUGUGAUUUUUAGUAUUUUAAUGAGCUCUUUGGCCCAGUACUCUGAUUCUGCUUUUGUUUUCAAGCCUCCUUUAUCUAAGACUGUCUGCUCCUUAUCAUUGCAGAUGGGCAUUUGUCACAUAACAUUCCCUUUUGCUUGGUCUUUGCGUAGUAGUUUCUAGGUCACUCCUUACACUAGCAUACCUCUCAUGUAAGUGCGUGGUCCCCAUCAAGGCAUCUCUCUGCUGCCAUCCUUCCACCCGCCUGGCUCGUCUACACAUCUGGCUGCUCUCCCCCAUGAUUAGAGGCCCCAUGCUCUCAGCCCUCUCCAGGCCGAUGGAUGGUGCACAGCUGGGAAACAUCCAGGGCCACUGGGAGAGACAGGGAGGCUGAGAAACCACCAGGCACAGAGAGGUAAGCUCAGCCCAUCCCAAGAGACUUGGCAAGAUCCCAACAUCCUGCCCCAAGCGCAGACAUCCUCCUUCACUACCUCCCCAGGGGGCUGCAGUGGCUUGGGCUCUGGGAUUGCUCUGAAGCAGUAGAUGACAUUGCCAACACCUGUGCUGAGGUAUCCACUUUGCUUUCCAAGCCUGCUUUCUUGCAGCAUGUUCUGGCUGGAAAUCAGUGGGCUUUCCUGGAUUUGCAACAUACCUUUUAUGAACCAGGGAAAUUCCCCUGGACCCACGCAUGGCUUUCAAGAUGCAUCCGAAGACGGUCAGCAUUUCCAGUCUCCAGCGUUGUUCCAGAGAUCAAACUGGGCUGUCCCCAAAGGAGACUGUGGCCCCAGGCAAGGUGGCAGCUGUCACUUCAAGGAGAUCAAGAUGAGCGGUGAUGUGGCCGAUUCCACAGAAGCGCGGAGCGAAGCCGAGCAAGUGGAACCAGGAACUGAGCGCAAUGGGCUGGACUUUAGCAGACAGAUUAAAACUGAAGAUCUCAGUGAUUCCUUGCAAUCAACCAUACCCCCCAGAUCAAGUCCCUUUGUACAAGGACCUUCAGUGAUGCCUGGAAGCCAAAUAGCAGGGGACAUGAAUUCUCUCCACACCCUGCAGCAGCUGGUCCUUCUCCCUGGUCACGUGCAGUCGGUUCCUCAGUUCCUGCUCUCGCAGACCCAGGCUGGGCAACAAGCUCUGCAGCCAAGCCUCCUCUCCUACCAGCAACAGCAAAGCAGCCUCAUCCUCUCGCAGCCUGGGCCCAGCCUCGCCUCGCAGGCAGUGGGACGUUCGGGGCUCCCUGGGUCCUCAGUUGAAUCCCACCUGGACGUGUCCCAGCACUUGCAGGUUGCAAAGCACUUGCCAUCCUCAGCCACAUGCGAUGAACCUAGCGACCUGGAGGAGCUAGAAAAGUUUGCUAAGACUUUCAAGCAAAGGCGAAUCAAGCUCGGGUUCACGCAGGGCGACGUCGGACUGGCCAUGGGGAAGCUGUACGGCAAUGAUUUCAGCCAGACCACCAUUUCACGCUUUGAGGCGCUCAACCUGAGCUUUAAGAACAUGUGCAAGCUCAAACCCCUGCUGGAGAAGUGGCUGAGCGAUGCAGAAUCUGCUCCGCUGGACUCCUCCAUGAGCACCCCCAGCUCCUACCCCUUGGUGAGCGAGAUGUUUGGGCGGAAAAGGAAGAAACGCACCAGCAUUGAGACCAACAUUCGCUCCACGCUGGAGAAGAGGUUUCAAGAUAACCCCAAGCCCAGCUCAGAGGAGAUCUCCCUGAUAGCAGAGCAGCUCUCCAUGGAAAAGGAAGUGGUUCGGGUUUGGUUCUGUAACCGGCGCCAGAAGGAGAAGCGGAUCAGCUGCCCGAUGCCAUCCCCCAUUAAAUCUCCCAUCUACAACUCCAGACUGGUCUCUACCUCAGGGUCCCUGGGACCUCCCUCAGUCAACCCAGUCCAUAGCACCAUGCCAGGGGCAGUAACAUCGUCGUGCUCUCCUGGGAACUCCAGCCGGCCCUCUUCACCUGGCACAGCGCUCCAUGCCAGUAGCCCCAGUGCAUCCCAGAGCCACUCCAAACCUGCAAUGAAUUCAUCUAGUUUCAACUCUUCUGGAUCAUGGUACCGAUGGAAUCAAACUACUUACCUCCACUGAGGCUGCUUCUCCAUCGCACCGAAGGAGCUUUGAGGCCCGCCUGUGGACUGACUUCUCCAGAAGCCAUGAUCUGUGCAAGAUUUGGCAUUACGGUGCCUUCAAAGUGCAGCCGAACGAAGGUUUCGUUCAUGGGAGUCCAGAAUUGCUGAACUGUUAAGAGACUCGAACUGUGGCUGAACCUCCCAUGGGAACCUGAACACCAGCGGUGAAAUGCAACGCACUUCCAGGCAUUAAUUAAGAAAAGGCCCCUUGCUUUGCUCUGUCAGCACCAGCGCUGUCCACUGCCUGCAAAUAUCCACAGUAACUUGGUACUGCCGACAGUAGUUCAUCAGAAUUGCCAUAUCGUGACCACCCCUCUGCAUACUCACUUCAGAGCACUGGGGUCCCUGAUGCCAGUCUGCCACACACAUACAUACACACUCCCCCAAACCCCUGAACUGAGCCUAGGUUACCAAAUUCAUUUCACCAAAGACCUCUGUCUAGAUGUGAGCUGUGGUGUCCUCACUGGCACUGUGCUGUACCGCCUCAUCCAUCCCUGUUUGCUCAUCAAUCCCCCGCUCUGCUAAUGUUUUGCUCUGCCUGUUUUGCACUGUCGAGCCAAGUGCCUCUCUCUCUUUUCCUUUAAAAGAAAAAGCAUAUAUCCCCUUUUAAAGGAUGGUGUCCUUGUCACAGCUCAGACCUUAUCUCACUGCUCUUUUAGCGACUGUUGCUUUUAAAAACCACAGGUGAACUCAGGCUCUGAGGCUACUCAGGCUCCUCUACAGCACAGCAGUGCCCUGGCUGUAUUUAAGCAAAACCUCCUAAUUAAUCUGCUUUACAAAGCAAUGCUGCAGGUCAGGGAUAAACCUCAGGAUUAACCCCCUCUGUGCCAGGAUGCUGCAGUCCCUUUGCCUAGUGAGUGGGUCUCACUGCAGGCCCAUCUCAUCCUUCCAGACUGUCGGGUGUCCACAUAUCCCAUCUCCCUGUAGCCUGUAUUGUUCCUGCUUGAACACCUUUACUUAGAAAACAGCUGACAGAGGCACUUACUCAGGACAAAUUUGCAAGAUGGCUCAGUACAUUACAUUGGCAAGAUCGGUCCCUGAUCCAGGACCUGACUGGGAGCUGAGACCUUUUGAAGACCUAGCUCUCACCAUGAGUGCCCCGGGGCUACAAAUCUGGCCAUGGGACCCUUAUGACCUUGGUAACAUGUAGAGGAGAGCUUUCUUGAAGGGCACUGUGCAACAAAACUCUGAAUUUUUACUGUAGAAAAGCCCUGGGGAUUUAUUUAUUUUUUUUAAAGGGAAGAUUCCUUAGCUCCCAUACCUCAGGAUGGGUUUUUUGAACAUUAAAAAUUCAGAUUGUCUUCACCCUGCAAGAAUGCACAGAUAUUUGGGAGGAACAGAGAGGAGAACCACCACUGACUGUAUGGGAGUGAAACCAGAUCACUGCAACGAGUUUAGGGCCAGCCAAGGCUAUAGUAUCUGAUUGCAGGCAUUAUGCAGGCCCGGGAACUUUCUGCAUCAAGCCCAGAUCUGGUGAUUGAGCUAGAAAAUAUUUCUACGAAGAGGCCUCCAGGCAUCUCUAACAGAUGUUGUUUCAGAUGCCCCCCCUGGCAUCAGGGAGGUGUCCUCAGUCAUUCCACUCUAAAACUCUGAAGUAUGGGUCCAUUUUGCAGAGGUCCCUUCCUAUUCAGCCAGUCAGUUCCCUCCGUGUGAUUCCCCAUUGCCCUGCAGUCUGUGUGCAGUAUUUGUGGCAGCAAGUGCAACGCACAACCAGGCUGGCCAGGUGGCAUUUACAAGGGGCUGCCCAGGGAGUCCCACCCUGGGUACGUGAAAGUUGUGUCUUCUUGCUCUGAUGACAAAAAUAACACUGACAACACCACACCAGAACGGGACUUCGGUCUGGCUCAUGCAUCACCAACAGAAACAUUCAAGCAGGUUUCCAUUACCGCGCUGCUUUGCAAUGCCACAAAAGAUGCAGGGGAAUAACUGAGGGCAGAAUGACACCCUGCUCAUAAAGGGUGAGUUCGAUGGAAACCAGCCUGCCCUUCAGAUCAGCGGGCUGGGUGCUUACAGCUUGGAGUGACGGCAGAUGGGGCAGGCCAACUCCACCUCUGCUUUCAGUGGAGGUGGUCUGGGUGGAAGUGAGAGCACAAGUUGGUUUAUAUAUAUAUAUAUAUAUUUUUUUUUUUUCCCACAUCUUUUAACUUGAAUGUAUUUGAUGUUGAACUCAGAGCAGUGGAGCCAACACAGCUCGCUAGCAGGCCACCUGCAGACAUCUUUCAUGCAGCAGAAGCACAGCGUAGGGAACCAGCUUUACGUUAAUCUAAUUUGUAGUGUGCAGCUAAUCAAACUGCUCAUGGACAGAGCCUGGGGCUGUCGCCAGGUUGCUCGCAAACUGAGGAGCUGCUGCGUUAGACUUCACCGUGCGCUGUCAAAGCGCUAGGGAAAGAAUUCACGUGCAUUUUAGUGAUGGUUUUAGCUUGUUUGAACUCUUCCCUUUCCCUGUUUGUAUUAAACAAAGACUGCAAAUGCAACCCAAGCUCUGAAUGGCUUAUGUCUAUUGAUUCAGGUGCAGCAGAAGUCAAGCAGAUUUGAGACGGACUCAAGAAAGCCUGGAGGGGUGGGAUGUUAAUCAAAAUUUGCCAAACAUAUUCAGUGUCUGUGUGACUCAUAGUAUAAUGAAAGGCAACAGCAAGACUUUCUUGCAGCUGAGGCCAGUUGUCCUACAGGUACUUUUAAUCAGAUGGCCAAAAUCAGGUUAAUUCAAUUGAGGUAACAGCAGUGUUAUUAACUGGGUCUUUGCAGCGGGCUUGGCACUGUCCUAUUUUUUCCAGACAUGGUCUCUGCUCUUGAGAGAGGGGGAAUCGGGGAAGAAAAGCAGCAAUGUCUUCCCCAAACUCCUCCCAGAAGCUAAAGGCUGUGAUAGGCAGGAAAUACUGAGCAAUUGUAUGGACUUCUGUGGAACACAAAGACCUUCUGUGGAGUUUAGUAGGAUGCUCUAGUAUCACUUGUGAUGCUGGCUGGGUGACUGGGUGCCUGGGCACCUUGACAUUGAAAGCAUGUGGCCUCACCUGAUGCCCUCACAAAGUCAUUUGAGGAGAAUAUUUUGGGGAAAGUGAAUUCUGGUUGGAAGGGAAAUGCCAUUGUAGCAGGAACAAGCAGCAAUGGGCUACCUGUACACCCUAUUCCAGCAAUAAACAGACACAACUAUCACUAA